CCGACACCGCCGCGCGCGGGACCUGGAACACACGGCACGAGCCGCCCCCGCCCCUCCCCCCUCACGCCCACGCGGAGCCGGCCCCGCGCGCGCGCCCCGUGCACCCCCGCGCCUGCGCGCUGCCCAGGCCCUGCCCGUGUGUGGGGCGCUGCGGCCCCGGGGGGGUGGGGGAAAUAGGGGGGGGAAAAAACAGCGCGCGGAACCCAGCCAGGGUUGCCCACCCCCGCCACAAUGGCCUCUGGGGUGGAAGUCCUGCGCUUCCAGCUGCCUGGCCACGAGGCCGCUACGCUGCGGAACAUGAACCAGCUCCGCGCAGAGGAGCGGUUCUGCGACGUGACCAUUGUGGCGGACAGCCUCAAGUUCCGCGGCCACAAGGUCAUCCUGGCUGCCUGCUCGCCUUUCCUGCGGGACCAGUUCCUGCUGAACCCCAGCUCUGAGCUGCAGGUCUCACUGAUGCACAGUGCACGUAUUGUGGCCGACCUGCUCCUCUCCUGCUAUACUGGUGCCCUGGAAUUUGCCGUCAGGGACAUCGUCAACUACCUGACGGCAGCUUCCUACCUACAGAUGGAGCACGUGGUAGAGAAAUGCCGGAAUGCUCUCAGCCAGUUCAUUGAGCCCAAAAUAGGCCUCAAAGAGGAUGGGGUCAGCGAUGCCAGCCUUGUGAGCAGUGUCAGUGCCAACAAGUCCCUCCUCCCUCCUUCCAGGACCCCAAAACCAGCCCCCAAGCCCCCACCCCCACCCCCUCUGCCCCCUCCACUUCUGCGGCCUGUGAAGCUGGAGUUCCCUCUGGAUGAGGACCUGGAACUGAAGGCCGAGGAAGAGGAUGAGGAUGAGGACGAGGAUGUGUCUGACAUCUGCAUCGUCAAGGUGGAGUCGGCCCUGGAGGUGGCACACCGGCUCAAACCUCCCGGAGGCCUGGGAGGAGGUCUGGGCUUAGGGGGUUCUGUGGGCAGCCACCUUGGGGAGCUGGCCCAGAGCAGUGUGCCCCCCAGCACUGUGGCCCCACCGCAGGGUGUGGUGAAAGCCUGCUACAGCCUGUCUGAGGACGCGGAAGGAGAGGGCCUACUGUUGAUCCCAGGAGGCCGGGCCAGCGUGGGGGCCACCUCGGGCCUGGUGGAGGCAGCAGCGGUGGCCAUGGCUGCCCGGGGGGCGGGGGGCAGCCUGGGGGCGGGGGGCAGCCGAGGACCCCUGCCUGGGGGCUUUUCCAGCGGAAACCCCCUGAAAAAUAUCAAGUGCACCAAGUGCCCGGAAGUGUUCCAGGGUGUGGAGAAGCUAGUCUUCCAUAUGCGGGCACAGCACUUCAUCUUCAUGUGCCCGCGCUGUGGCAAGCAGUUUAACCACAGCAGCAACCUCAAUCGCCACAUGAAUGUGCACCGCGGCGUCAAGUCGCAUUCAUGUGGCAUCUGCGGCAAGUGCUUCACGCAGAAGUCCACGCUGCACGACCACCUCAACCUGCACUCGGGAGCGAGGCCCUAUCGCUGCUCCUACUGCGACGUGCGCUUCGCCCACAAGCCUGCCAUUCGGCGGCACCUCAAGGAGCAGCACGGCAAGACCACCGCCGAGAACGUGCUGGAGGCCAGCGUGGCCGAGAUCAACGUCCUCAUCCGCUAGCAGGGCAGGCACAGAGGCCAGGAGGCAGGGAUCCCUGGGCUGGGUUGGAAUGGGGCUCCUGGCCCAGCAGAAUAGGGGGGGUGGGGGGUCGGGAACAGGCUGGUACGGUGGGCAGGCUGGAAGGGGGGGCCAAAGAUUCCUUGGUGAGAAGACUGCUUCUUCAGAAGAAAAGGAUGGAGAGGGUAAGGGUUCUUUGAGAAGGCCAAGGGAAUACUGGCUCCCUGAGAAAGAAUUUCUUCUUAGAAGUGCAUGGAUAUGUGGAGGGAGGGAACGGGUCUUAUAAAAUGAGUAGGAAAAAAGACUGGAAAAUGAUUUAUUCCUGGCUAAGGCUGCCCAGGGAGAGGUUUUGACAUUUCUUGAGGUAGAGGGUGGGUGGGUGGGAAUUGGGAGGGAACUGGCAGGCAGCAGCUUACCCGCUCCUGCAUAGAAUAGAUCCUUGGGAGAGGGAGUGGUGGGGGGAAAGGAUUAUUGAAUCCCAGAAAAAGAAGCGGGAGAUGGUUCUUGCAUGCUGAGGGGUGGGACUGUGGGAACAGGGCUCGAUGAAAUUCUAGGGAAGAUAAAGUCAGGUGCCAGGUAAGAGAAUAUAAGGGUGAGCAUCUUCAGUAGAUAUUGGGAAGUGGGGUACAAUAGCAAGAACGAUGACUAGUGGUGGGGGUGGGAGGGUAGGGCACUUAGAGGAAAGGACCCAAGAAGGGCUGUUUGAGGGUGGGGGAGGAGUAGAGACUUAUACAGUAUUUUUUAAGAAAACAAAACGUAUUUUUUAGGGUUUUUUCUGGAGUUUGGGGUUUUUGUUUUUCUGCUUUUGUUUUCCACAAAAUAAAAAACUUUUUUUCUUUAUACUGUCGGACAACUGCGUGUAUUUGACUCUCUCACACUAGACAGCCUCUCCCUCUGAUGCCAUUUGCUCAACCUGAAGGUCACAACUCAUGUGGUCCCAUGCCUGAAGGAGCUUUGACGGGACAAGUGGGCUCCUCUGGCCAAGGACCCUCCCAGUUCUGCAACCUCAACACCUGGCAGAUACCUCACAGCAUCAAUGUUCUAUGAUUGGCAGUGGUAACACAUGGCCUCUAUUUGAGGAGUUUAGUAUCAGGGUCAGGGAUGGGGUAUAGGUGUGAUCACUGUGCCCACUGAAAUUGUAAGCAGAAACUUGUAUUUGGGCGUUUUGGGUUGGGUGAAAAACAAUGCUUGAAUUAGGGUAUGGACAAGACUACAAUUCCCAGAAAGCUCUGGAAUACUUUUUAACCAAAGAGAACUACAGUUCCCAGAAGGCCUUGAAAUGGCCUCAGUUGCCCUACACCCCAACUACCACCUGCCUGUGUCAGAUACUGCGUGUGAAAUCAUAGAUAUUUCCCAAACUUCGACCAGAAUGUAAUACCUAAAGGAAUGGUACCCUAAAUACCGCUACCAGGGUUGUGUAUCUUGGUGUAAUAUAAUUCAUACUUCAUUUUCAGCUGGACUGUGACCCAUGGAGCCUAUGGUUGUGAAGUGUUUGGCAAAAAACUACUUAGAGAGUGUUACCAAACAGUCAU